GCAGCAGCGGCGGCAGCAGCGCUUUCUCCUCCUGUAACCUAAACAAUGACUCCUACUACUCACCGCAAGAAAGCACAGCGAUAGAAUGCGUUACACAGAGCUAAGACCCGACAUUUCGCUGCUAUUCCCGCCUCUCUCAUAAAUGUACGGACCGUAAACAUGUGGAUACCUACAGAACACGAGAAAUACGGCGUCGUGCUUGCCAGUUUCCGAGGGACCAUCCAACAUGGCCUCCCGUUGGAAAUCGGAGACACGGUGCAGAUCCUGGAGAAAUGUGAAGGAGAGGCUCUCCCCAGCUUCCUGCCAACACAAAGUUGGUACAGAGGAUUCAUCCUAAAGAAUCCAAAUGUCAAGGGGAUCUUCCCAUCCAGCCACAUCCACUUGAAGAAUGCGGCUGUGAAGAACAAAGGGCAAUUUGAGACGGUGAUGCCCGUGGAAGACUCUGUCAUCACCGAGAUGACGUCAACGCUGCGAGACUGGGGCGCCAUGUGGAAACAGCUCUACGUGAAGAACGAGGGGGAUCUGUUCCAUCGGCUUUGGCACGUGAUGAACGAAAUCCUGGACCUGAGGAGGCAGGUGCUGGUCGGACACCUCACCCAUGACCGCAUGAGGGACGUCAAGCAACACAUCACGGCCAGAUUGGACUGGGGCAACGAGCAACUUGGCUUGGACCUGGUUCCCAGGCGGGAGUUCAGCAUGGUGGACCCUGAUGAAGUCAGCGUCACAGAGCUUUACAGACUGAUGGAGCAUCGUCACCGGAAGAAGGAGACGGCAGCGCCUGCUAGCACCCACCACUUGUUUGUCCACGUGAAGAGCCUGAUGAGCGCCAACCUGGGGGAGGAGCUCGAAGUCUACUUUCACAUUUACGACGGACGGGAGAACCGGCCUCUCAGCGAAAGGUUCUUUGUCAGGCUGAAUAAGAGCGGGCUGCCAAAGUGUCCGGAGAAGACGGAAAGACAGUGCACACUAUUUGUGGAUUUGGGAAGCAGUGAUCUACGAAAAGAUGUCUACAUCAUUGUUCACAUUAUACGAAUAGGGAGGAUGGGAGCAGGAGAGAAGAAGAACAUGUGCAGCGUGCAGUACAGGCGGCCAUUCGGCUGUGCUGUUGUCAGCAUCGCUGAUCUUCUCACUGCUGACUCAAAGGAUGACCACCUGCUCAAGGUUUAUGCAUGCAACACUGAGAGUGAAUGGUACCAAAUCCAUGAGAACAUCAUCAAAAAGGCCAACUCCAGGUACAACUUAUCUGGAUCCAACACUGGCCUGGCCGUGGCUCUGCAGCUCCUCCACGGGGACAUCGAGCAGCUAAGGCGGGAGUACAUGGGCCUCUUCACCCGUGGGGUGUGCAUCACCAGGAAACUGGGCUUCUCUGACAUCAUCAUGCCAGGAGAAAUGAGGAAUGACCUUUACAUCACACUGGAGAGAGGAGAGUUCGAAAAGGGGGGGAAGAGCGUCGCCCGGAACGUGGAGAUCACCGUCUACGUCCUAGACGCUGAUGGACAAAUCCUGAAGAGUUACAUGGCUGCCGGCUCAGGUGAGCCAGGYGGGGAUGAGUACCACUCGUUGGUGCUGUACCACAACAACAGCCCCCGCUGGGCCGAGCAGCUUAAACUGCCCAUCCCCGUGGAUAUGUUCCGAGGAUCACACGUCCGCUUUGAGUUUCGGCAUUGCUCCACUAAAGACAAAGGAGAGAAGAAACUGUUUGGCUACUCUUUUGUUCCUCUGAUGCAGGAAGAUGGCAGCACUCUGCCAGAUGGCAUCCAUGAGCUCAUUAUCCAUAAGUGUGAAGAGAACACCAGCUUGGUGGACUGUUCACGCUACCUGAAGCUGCCGUCUACCAAGGCCAAUCUUCCGUCCAACAAUCAGACGCUAAAAGCCACCAAGGAGUCUUUCUGGAUCACCAGCUUCCUGUGUUCUACCAAGCUCACGCAAAACGGUGACAUGCUGGACCUGUUGAAGUGGCGAGCCCACCCCGACAGGAUCAAYGACAGCCUCUCCAAGCUGAAAGAGAUCGACGGCUCGGAGAUCGUCAAAUUUCUUCAGGACACUCUGGACACUCUUUUUGGUAUUUUAGAUGAAAGCUCCCAAAGAUAUGGACUCAAAGUGUUCGAUUCACUCGUCCAUAUCAUCAACCUCCUCCAGGACAGCAAGUUCCAACAUUUCAAACCGGUCAUGGACACCUACAUCGAAAGCCAUUUUGCUGGAGCUUUGUCCUACAGAGACCUGAUCAAAGUCCUGAAGUGGUACGUGGACCGCAUUGUAGAUGCGGAGCACCAGGAUCACAUACAGCAGGUCCUCAAGGCCAGCGAGUACAUCUUCAAGUACAUCAUCCAAUCCCGCCGGCUCUUCUCACUGGCCACGGGAGGCCAGAACGAGGAGGAGUUCAGAGUCUGCAUCCACGAGCUCUUCAUGUCCAUCCGCUUCUUCCUGUCGCAGGAGAACAAAGGCACCAGUCCUGUCGCACAGACCCAGGCGGUGUUCCUGAGAACYUUCCCUGCAAUCUAUAGCGAGCUGUUGAAGAUCUUCACGGUGCGGGAGGUGGCCGGUUUUGCCAGAGAAACGUUGGCCAGCUUGCCUGCUGUUGUCCAGCCUGACAGUCCAYUGGAGGCUGUCAAACUGCAGUGCAUCGCCAAGACCGUGGAAAGCCAGCUUUACGUUAACCCAGAGUCCAGAUGCAUCCUAAUACCUGUAGUCCUCCGAGUGCUGCAGACCCACCUGCAGGAGCAGAAGGACCUGGUCAUGUGCGCUCGCAUCCUCACCAGCAUGCUGUCCCUCAUCAAGAAAGAAGAAAACGGCACAGUGGAGCCUGCGGUGUCAGAGGAAGUGGAGCUGAUUGUGGAGAGCCUGCUGGGAGUUCUACUGAGAACCAUCCUGGAAAUCAGCAACCGGCCUCAGCCUGCCGGACCUGCCAUGAGACUACAGUUCCAGGAUGUCACUGGAGAGUUUGUGGCGUGUUUAUUGGCUCUUCUGCGACAGAUGAGUGACAAACACUACCAGAAGCUGCUGCAGGCAUUCAGCAACAAAGACGACCUGAGGGACUUCCUUCUUCAUAUCUUCACCGUCUUCAGGAUUCUUAUAAGACCAGAGAUGUUUCCUAAGGACUGGACUGUCAUGAGGCUGGUCACAAACAAUGUCAUCAUCACAACUGUCCUCUAUCUUUCUGAYGCUCUGAGGAAAAACUUCCUCAAUGACAAGUUUGAUUAUAAGGUUUGGGACUCGUAUUUCUAUCUGUCUGUAAUAUUCAUYAAUCAGCCAUGUCUUCAGCUGGAGUCCUUUUCUCCCUCCAAACGGAAGAAAAUCCUGGAAAAAUACGGAGACAUGAGGGUGAUGAUGGGCUGUGAGAUCUUCAGCAUGUGGCAGAAUUUAGGGGAGCACAAGCUGAACUUCAUCCCAGCAAUGAUCGGACCCUUCCUGGAGGUGACCCUGGUGCCUCAGCCUGAUCUGAGGAAUGUCAUGAUCCCCAUCUUCCAUGACAUGAUGGACUGGGAGCAGAGACGCAGUGGAAAUUUCAAGCAGGUGGAAGCCAAGCUGAUUGACAAGCUGGACAGCCUGAUGUCUGAGGGCAAAGGAGACGAGACGUACAGGGAACUCUUCAACAGCAUAACUUCUACAAAACAGAGCUGAACAAGGAAGAAAUGUACAUCCGCUACAUCCACAAGCUGUACGACCUGCACUUAAAGGCACAAAACUACACCGAGGCGUCGUACACCCUGCUGCUGUACGACGAGUUACUGGAGUGGUCCGACCGGCCGCUCCGAGAGUUCCUCAACUACCCCAUGCAGAGCGAGUGGCAGAGGAAGGAGUAUCUGCACAUCACCAUCAUUCAGAACUUUGAUAGAGGGAAGUGUUGGGAGAACGGCAUCAUUCUGUGCAGGGAGCUUGCCGACCAGUACGAGUCCUACUACGACUACAGGAACCUGAGCAAAAUGAGGAUGAUGGAAGCUUCUCUUUACGACAAGAUCAUGGACCAACAAAGACUAGAGCCUGAGUUCUUCCGAGUUGGGUUCUACGGGAAGAAGUUCCCUUUCUUCCUAAGGAACAAGGAGUUUGUGUGCCGCGGCCACGACUACGAGAGGCUGGAGGCCUUCCAGCAGCGGAUGCUCAACGAGUUCCCCCACGCCAUCGCCAUGCAGCACGUCAACCAGCCAGACCAGACCAUUUACCAGGCAGACGCGCAGUACCUGCAGAUCUACGCCGUUACUCCCAUCCCGGAGAGCCAGGACGUGCUGCAGCGAGACGGGGUGCCCGACAACAUCAAGAGCUUCUACAAGUUCAACCACAUCUGGAGGUUCAGAUAYGACCGGCCUUUUCACAAGGGCACCAAAGACAAAGAGAAUGAGUUUAAGAGCCUGUGGGUGGAGAGGACAACCCUGACUCUGGUGCAGAGUCUCCCAGGCAUCUCCCGCUGGUUUGAAGUGGAGAAGAAAGAGCUGGUGGAGGUGAGCCCGCUGGAGAACGCCAUCGAGGUCAUCGAAAACAAGAACCUGCAAUUGCGCACAUUGAUCACCCAGUGCCAGAGCCGGCAGAUGCAGAACAUCAACCCCCUCACCAUGUGCCUCAACGGGGUCAUCGACGCCGCCGUCAACGGGGGGCUGGCCCGCUACCAAGAGGCCUUUUUCGUGAAAGACUACACCAUGAAUCAUCCGGAGGAUGGCGAAAAGAUCGGGCGACUGAGAGAACUCAUGUUUGAGCAGGCACAUAUACUGGAAUAUGGCCUAGCCGUGCAUGAGAAAUAUGUUCCCCAAGACAUGAGACCUCUUCACAAGAAGCUGGUGGACCAGUUCCAUCUUAUGAAAUCCAGUUUGGGCAUACAGGAGUUUCCGGCGUAUGUGCGGGCGAGCCCAGUUCACUUCACCAACGGGAGCCCGAGAACGUGCAGGAACUCGGUGCCCAGCAUCAUUAGUCCGGACGGCAGCAGAGGGGCCGCCAGGCGGAGCCUCAGCAGCUACCCUGCAGUGAACCGUUACUCCUCGUCCUCCCUUUCAUCCCAAGCCUCCAAUGAAGUCAGCAACAUCACCGGCCAGUCGGAGAGCUCCGAUGAAGUCUUCAACAUGCAGCCCAGCCCUUCUACCUCGAGCCUCAGCUCCAACCAUUCUGCCUCGCCCAACGUCACCAGCUCGGCCCCCUCCAGCGCCAGAGGUUCACCUCAGAUGGCAGAGAAGCACAAGCACUCCAGAGAAAACGCCUGUCUGUCGCCGCGAGACCGACCGGUCAGCGCCAUCUUCCCCAACCCCCUCGACCCGACCCAGAGAGCUCCUCCUCAUCAGAUAGGUGAUACCACUUUGCCCCGGAGUGACCCCAACCUCUCAGCACCAGAUAAAGUGAGACCCACUCCCAGUAGCUGGAGCCUAGACAGUGUCAAAGAGGGCGCACCAUCCUUCUCUGACCAUCCGGGCAAAUUGGUGUGCCCUCCUGUACCUCCUAGGCCACCGUACUCAGCAGGCUCCUCGGCUAAAAACACGAGGUCGCAGUCCCCCGGCCCCAYGUCCAGAUCUCCACAAAAG